CUGCCCCAGGCCCCAGCACCCGAGAGUCACAAGCACCAGACCCCGUCUUGACCCCCCCCAGCUCAUGCACCUCAUCUUAUUACACAGUACCACUGGUUAGUUGCUCGGAUACUCCAGCUUCUUCAUCACAUCCACCCCCCCCACGCCGUCGCUUUCGAUCCGAACCAUCCAGACUGCUUAUUACCAGCAACAACGAUUAUUUACCCGUCGAUCGCACACAUCCUCUGCUUGACGAUAACUUAUUUGUUGGAGCUUUCCUUCAAUAAAUCAUACACUGUCUACAGCACAGUCAUUAGAUUUCAUCAACCUUGCACAGAACAGAACAGACCAGACCGGACCAACGACCGACUGACCGCCCCGCCUCUCGUGCGAAGACCCCCUUUCGUUGCCCCCGUGCCCCGUCCCUUCUUUUCGUUCCCGCUCCACCCAAAAAGUAGCGCGUAAACGGCCUUCGGCGCACAAUCUUGAGUGAGGGCGGCCUUCGUCUUUGCCCACCGAAUUGCGAAUUGGCCUCAGGCUGCGUUUAUUAUCAAUCGCGCAGAAGCAGCCAGGUGUCGACAAUAAUCUGCUGCGAGCUCGCUAGUGUCGCAUCGCCCUUCCGUCCAAACUCAACACCCAAGCUGGCAGAGUCGUCGAUUCCCUCCCAUCGCCGACCUGACCUUGUCCACCGGCCUGGUCGUCACUCUCCCUGGCGGCCUGCGAUACCUCAUCCUGUCUAUCAAGUUUGCACAUAAAGCGCAUCCAUCAUGGCGCCGACCAUCGCGAGGCAGUUGCCGCAGAAGCGCAACCCCUUCAUGACCGCGGACGUGCCAAACUACACUGACCUUGUCUCAAGGCGCCGCCUCGGCCAGACCCAGCUGACGGCCAAGAUGGUCGCCGCGCUACCCGGCGCCCAAGUCGACCCCUCCAACCUCGGUGUCUUCGACUACGCGCACCUGCGCGCCCCCCUGCCCAAAGGCAUCGUUUCCGGCAUCUUCAAGUCGAGCCCAAACAGCUACUUCUUGAUGCGCCGAAGCAACGACGGUUUUGUGUCCGCCACCGGAAUGUUCAAGGCCAGCUUCCCGUAUGCUCUGGCUGAGGAGGAAGAGGCCGAGCGCCGGUACAUCAAGUCUCUGUCGACUACUAGUCCCGAAGAGACUGCCGGCAACGUGUGGAUUCCUCCAGAGUCUGCCCUCAGCCUCGCUGACGAGUACGGAAUCGGGCCUUGGAUCCGUGCCCUGUUGGACCCCGCCGACAUUGUGGUAUCGAACGCGUCCGAGAACAGCCCACCGAAGCGGAUUAACGCCCCCCCGAAGUACAUCCCUACCGCGUCCGCCACCACUCUCGUGCCACCGACGCCGACCUCGAUGCGCAGCACGCGCAGCCGCCGAUCCGCCAGCCCGACCAAGGGGCCCUCCAGCCGCCGCAACGUCGCUGCGAGCCCGCGCAAGCGGUCCACCAGAACAACAUCUGCGCAGCCUGAGUCCAGCGAGACACCAAGCACCAGCAGGAAGACUUCUCUCACUAAUGGUGACAUCCCAGUGCUCGCCCCUAGCGAGGCGCUCAAGGUUGAGGAGCUCAAGGUCGAGCACGUCGACAAGGGACUAACGGGGACACUCGAGACCGUCCAGGAGGAGCCCAAGGUGAAGGUGACCAUUGAACAAGACGUCAAGGUCGAGGAAAACGGCACCGAAGUCGAGCGCACCAAGGUCGACCUCAAGAUGCCCUUCACCGCUGGAGCCCCUCCGAGCGCGGACGACGCGGCUCGGAUGAUCGAGGAGGCGAAGGCAAUGGUGGCCAGCGCCGAAGCAGACAUCGCCGAGACUUCCUCCAAAACUGCCAAGGGCAAGAGGAAGGCGGAGGACUACGAGGCAGACAUGGAGGAGGAUGGCGCAGCCGGGGAAACGAAUGUCGACCUUCGCCCGAGGGCAAAGAAGGCCAAGACCGAGGUCGAGCUGCGCAAGAACAAGGUGAAGAGGCGCGCAUUGAUGGGCAUCACCUUUACGCUGGCAGCUGGAGCUCUGAUCCCCUACGCAAUGAACUUCCUGUGAGAUUGAGCAUUAUUCAAGAACGGGCGGGGCCGUGUAUGAUGUAGGAAACGGCGCGGUGUUUGGACAAAGAACAGGCCCCUGAAAGGACGAGAUUUCUUUGCUUUUCGGCUUGGACUGCGGAGUUUGGGUGGUCGGACAUUUCUUCGCCUGCAGGUAUAUUCUCUCAAGGUCCGGUGAAGUAUCAUUGUUUUAACGGGACCUGCUUCAUACAGCAUUUCGGUUGCGCCUCGCCCUCGCUGCGGAUCUCGUUCGUUUCAACGAUUAUCUAGCCAGAGGAGCUGAGAGAAAACGGAUUUUUGUAACUUGUGUACACUUUGGCCUGGAAUCAAACCAUUUUAUCAAUCGGUCUCGUGUGCGUACACAGUAUGUUGGGUACGUGGGUACCUAGGUAGUUGGUUCUAUGGGAGGUGGCUGCCGCCGUAGUUACUUCAAACGAUGCCGCGUCCAAUUGUGAGGAGCUGGGUCCGUCCGUAUCGGGGUCAGGUCAAUCUAGGUCAAUCUGCCGCCGGUGACCGCUCCAAAUGAGGCUAACCUGUAUUUUUGGUUGCACUCGCACCAAAUAAUAUUUUACUCUGCU